AUGAAAUACGCAGAGAUAUCACAUUUCAGCCACUCACAACACAACCUCAAAUUCGACUACACCGAGAAACCCUUCAAGUGUGACGGAUGCAAUGAAGUCGGCAUCGGCUCUCGCUAUCGCUGCUCCGGUGAUGGUUACCAAAGCUGCGAUUUCGAUCUUCAUGCGCACUGCGCAUUACCAUCAGCCUCCAUAACUCAUCCGUUCUACAAAAAAUGUUCGUUUCAGUUUUUGGCGCGGCCACCGGGGAACGAGAGACGGUACUGCAAUGCCUGCGAGAAGGAUGUGUCGGGAUUCGUGUACCAUUGCAAGGCUUGUGGUUUUGAUCUUCACCCGUGUUGCGCUAUGCUUCCUAUGGUUUUGGACGAUGGAGAGACCAAACUCUUUCUUUACCGCAAAGUUAGUUCUUCUUGUCAUCGAUGUGGACGUAAAGGCCGUAGCUGGAGUUACAGGUCAUCUUGCAAAAAGUACAAUCUCCACGUAGCAUGCGUGAGAGAGAUGUUGGUGGAGAAUUGGCGAGAUUUGUACAAAGGACACAAUGGUAAAAGCCUGACUUUGAAGAACACACUUGAGCAUCACCACCGUAGCAGCAGCAAAGGCAAAGUUCAGAAAUGCUGCGAGAUCGCCGGAAUGGCCAUGCAAUUCGUCAUCUCUGCUGUACUCGGCGAUCCAACGGCCCUUAUUGCCGGAGUUGUAGGCUCCCUCAUCUCUCGAGGAUGA